ACAUAUAAUAGUUCCCAAAAUUAUUUUUCAACUAAUGAAACAGGUCCAUAAUGCAUCUACAGUUAUAAAACUUACAAAAGAAAGGACUGCAUUUAUUUCUUGUUAUAUAUAUAGGUCGAACCCGCAUAAUUAGAAUUCAAUUGCAUUUAUAACUCGUUUGAGCAAAUUACAAAACAUCAAUUAAGUGUUUUGUUGCUGGACAUUGAAAAACGUUGUCAUGUUUUAUAUACAAGCACUGACAGUUCUCUGUCUGUGCUCUUCACGGCCUGUCGAAGCAAUAGAAGUGCUUGUUUUCGACGGUGUUGAUCUCCGAUUUGACGUGCACAGAUAUUUAGUGAAAUUAAAGGGACAUCAUCAACAAAAUGAACACUCAAGGUGCAGUGGCUCUAUCAUAGACAACUCUUGGAUUAUGACAUCUGCUCAUUGUUUCUCAAAGGAUGUUGAUAACGUGACAGUGUACCAUCAUAUAAAAGACAAUAUUCGUGUGAUAGCCAAAGUUGAUAAACAUAACGUGAUUAGACAUCCCCGAUACGUUGUAGAUGAUAUAUCUAUAGAGAACAGGCGAUACGAUAUAGCUUUACUUAGAACAACUUCGCCUAUGAAGUUUACUGACGAUGUGCAGCCGGUCAAAUUGACUGAUAAGGAUCCGAGGGUUGGUCAGUUUGUAAUUAUCGCUGGAUACGGAGAUUCGGAGGACGAGUUCCCUGCACCAAAAGAAGGUUCCAUGGUGUUGAGGUCGUGUCCGUAUAGAUUUAGUGGUCUGCUGUGCACGUUCCACACAGUGAGGGCUGGGGCCGGCGAUUCUGGUGGUGCCCUGAUCUCCAAAGGACGUUUGGUCGGAGUGACGUCGGCGAGCUGUAAGGACGUUCAUAUACACAAAACGUGCCUUACCGUAUAUACCAGCGUAGCUGCAAAUUUGAAAUGGAUAAAAGAAGUGUAUUUGAAGUGAUUAAAAUGUUACCCGUUAUUUUUGUUUUGUUUUGUUUCCGUUGUCAGUUCUCAGUGAUUGUGGCAAUUGAUAUUAUUACAAGAAAUAUAGUUUUUAAGUAAUAAAACAAUAAUUAACUAUUAACGUUAAAUUAACGGUGUUAAUAAUUAUUUUUUUGUUAAUAAAAUAUACUAUAAAUUCAUAUUUGCGUAUAUUUUUAUAGACAUAGGUACCUACGUUACCUACCAUUCACUUUUUUUAAACAGGCAUACCUGAAUAUUCUCUUACUCAAGUAUAAAGAUUCUCAAAGCAUGUUUCACAAACGAUGAAAAACGUUAUGUCGAUGUAACAUUAUGUUUUAUUAAUGAUCUCGUCCCCUUGCCAUUUGCAACAUUAAACUUGGUCAUGUACUUACAAAGGAGUCAUACUAUUACGACUAC